AGAAUCUGUGAUGACACGUCGCUCUCCUCCUCCUCAGCACCUUCACCGCCUGCAAUUCACAUAGACAGCAUCCAUGGCUCCUCCUACUGACUCCUACGUCCUUGUCGCGGGCGGCGCCGGCUACAUUGGCUCGCACACCGUGCUCGAGCUCGUCUCCGCGGGCUACAAAGUCGUCGUCGUCGACAACCUCUGCAACUCCUCCGAGGAGUCCAUCAUCCGUGUGCGCGAGCUCACAAACACGCCCGACAUCCCGCUCGUCAAGCUCGACCUGCGCGACGCCGCCGGACUCGACAAGGUCUUCACAGAGUACAAGGUCAAGUCGGUGAUCCACUUCGCGGGCCUCAAGGCCGUCGGCGAGAGCACAAAGAUCCCCCUCGAAUACUACGACGCCAACGUCAGCGGCGCAAUCACCCUGCUCAAGGCCAUGGCCAAGCACUCUGUCCCUGAAUUCGUCUUUUCGUCCUCGGCGACCGUCUACGGUGACGCCACCAGAUUCCCAAACAUGAUCCCUAUCCCUGAGGAGUGCCCGACCGGUCCUACGUCUCCUUAUGGCCACACAAAGCUCAUCAUCGAAGAGAUCCUCGAGGACACCGCCGCCGCCGACCCGAACCUCAAAGUCGCUGUGUUGCGCUACUUCAACCCAAUCGGCGCCCAUCCGUCGGGAAGAAUAGGUGAAGAUCCCCGUGGCAUUCCAAACAACCUGCUCCCCUACGUUGCCCAGGUUGCCGUCGGCCGUCGUCCUCAGCUGCAGGUCUUUGGCAACGACUACGAGGGCUCUCCCGAUGGUACCCCCAUCCGUGACUACAUCCACGUCGUCGACUUGGCCCAGGGCCAUCUGGCGGCUUUAGCCAAGCUCGACUCGGUCAAGGGCGAGAACGGCGAGGGUUUCCUGCGCGCCUGGAACCUCGGCAGCGGGAAGGGCUCGACCGUUUUGCAGAUCAUUUCGUCGUUUGAGAAAGCUACUGGCCAGAAGAUUCCGUUCGAGAUUGUCGGGCGUCGGAAAGGUGACGUGCUUGAUCUGACUGCGAAGCCGGACCGGGCAAAUACUGAGCUGAAUUGGAAGGUCAAGCUCAGCGUCGAGGAUGCCUGCCGGGAUCUGUGGAAGUGGACUACUGAGAACCCGUGGGGAUAUGACGGAAAGCCAGAGUGAUUAUUGCAUUGUAAUAGACAUAUAUAAUAUAAU